CAUCUACGCAUAGACCAAAGUCUCCAUCACCCACUCCGAGAAUCAGACAGCAACCUGUGUCACUAUUAAUAUAAAAAAUGUUGUUCAAUUAACGAAUGAAAUUUAAAUAAUCUGGGACUCCAGUCUGAAGCUCAAUCAAAACAAAGUCCGUGAAAAAGGAGAGAGGAAAAUGUCGGCUUCAGCUUCGAUGAGAACACUCAGCGCGAUAUCAGAGGACGAAACUGUGCGCUUCAGCGUCGACCUUGUUGCUGCUGCUAGAAGAAAUCUCGCUCUUUUCAGAUCGCUCUCCGAUUCUCACUGCCUUAAUCACAAACCCACUAUUUUGGAAGCUAUUAGAAGGUACGAUGAGAUAUGGAUGCCAUUGAUUGCUGAUCUCACAACGGGCUCGAAGCCUCCAAUGAUUCUUCCACCUCUUGAUGUUGAAUGGGUUUGGUUCUGCCACACUCUUAAUUGGGCCGAUUACAGAGACUACUGCGAGUCAAGAUUCUCAAAACUCAUAGGAAAACCAAAUAUUUUUGAUGAGGAAAAUGAAGAGUAUGCAUUGGACAGAUGCAUGAAAAUCUGGGAGCACAAGUUCCAAUCGGAGCCCUUCGAAAACGAGGCGGACGACAUUGUGGAAAAUUACUCGUCUAGUUUCAGUGAGGAUCUGUUAGAUCAAGUGUCAAAAUGUAGGAAUCUUUGUAGAAUGUAUGCAGAGCCCUACUAUUGUGAGAUGGUGUAUUUAGUUGCAGCCAAGCAGAGAUACAGAGGUUUCAUCUACAUGCUUCAUAGGUUUGGCGAUGAAUGCUCUUGCAUUGUGCCCACCUCAGAUGUUUACCUAAUGUGGCUUACUCAUCAGAGCUAUCCAACGGUAUAUGCAGUAGACAUUAAGGAGUUGGAGGGGGACGUGCAGAAGAUAGUCGGGGUAGGGGAUGAUAUGAAAGAAGAAGAGACAGAAGAAACAAAGAUGCUAUGGGAGAGAACUUUUGAUCAACCAUACGAGAAAGCAGGUGGUGCAGCCAUCGCAAGGCCUAUUGUCGAGCCGCCUUUUUACUGGGACGUUACAAAUACCGAUGUCAACACAAAAUACAAGUCCUUGGUGCCCAGGUUCUUGUUCGAGGUGUGCAUAGCAGUAAAAGUAAUCUCAAACAUCAAGCAAGCAAAAAGAAAUCCUUCUAGGGAUUUCCUUCGUCUUCGAACAGCAAAGUGUCACAGGGAGCUGAAAAUGGAUAAAUCAAUAUCAGAUUUCAUGCCAGAAAUAUGGCAGAAAGCGUGGCAUCUCUACUGUGAAUUCGGAACCAAAGGAUUAAUAGUUGAUCUACGUCACCGUGGUGGCUUCUGUUCUAAAGGCAGCUCUGUGCAAGAUAGCAAACUGUUUUCUUGGAACGACUUGCUACGUGCGCCCUCUCUCGCAUCAGAGAAAGAAAUCGAUGAACGAGCAAGGAUCGUUGCUUCAGUAACUCCACCGGUACAAGCACCUUACUUUCUGAAAUGUGUGCCAGACCGCGUGACGGAUGAUUCGGGUGCAAUGAUAUCGGAUGUUAUUCUGAAAAUGAAUCAGUACCGGCCCCAAGAAGGGAGGUGGUUGUCUCGUACUGUUUUGGAUCAUGGAGGCAGGGAGUGUUUUGUUAUUCGAAUGAGAGUCGGAGGAGGCUUUUGGAGAAGAGGGGGCGAAGCUCCUAAGGCUGUGAAAUGGGAAGAGCGCGUUAUACAGAUAUGCGAGGGCUCUUGGUCUUAUGUUAUCGGCUCCAGCUCAAUCGGUAGAUCUCCUGAGCAGAGAAAUUGGUUGGAACCGCGACACCGAAAGAACCAAAAGAAGGGCUCCAAGCUUCAUGGAAAUUCUCAACAGGAAAUGAAUUGGUAAUACAAUGGGAUUCAUCAAAAUCUAUCUCAGGAUUGAGAUUUGAUCUGCAAAGUGAAGCUUCUUCUCAACCAAUGGUAAGAUCAGAACCCCCCACUCAACUUAAACAUAAUGCAACGUAAUCCAACAAUGACAGUUGCAGGUAAAGCUCUUGCACGGUAGGCAUAUGCAAUACGAGGUCAAGAAGUCCGGCCUAGAAACACAAGAAGUGAAAGGAGAAGGAAUUGAACGAGAUGUUAGGACGGAGGAAGAAGAUGAGUACGUGACCAUGGUUAGGUACUCGGAGGAGACCCCAUCUGGGAAAGCUACUGCUCUUCUCAACUGGAAGCUUCUCGUGGUGGAGGUGUUGCCCGAAGAAGAUGCGGUCCUCGUGCUUCUCGUCUGCACGGCUAUACUCCGGAGCGUAUCGGAGAUGAGAAGGGAGGAUGUCGGGAGCCUGCUGGUGCGGAGGAGGAUAGGAGAGGCGAGGAUCGGAGAUAGGGACUGGGGAUCUGUGAUGCUGCAUCCGUCGUCGUAUUCGCCGUCGCUUUCGUCUCCGAAACUUCAUCCUUGGUAUUGGAAUGCUAAGCUGGUUACGGCAUCUCAAGCUAGGGAUCAUCAAGGUGUUACUCCAACAGCUUCAAAUUAUUCACAGGCAGAAGGUGGGGAGGCCUUGUAUAGAAGCGGAAUAAUUCCUUAGAGAGAUAUUCAGAUUUUUCUUCCCCUUCAUUUUUAUUCCUUGCGUGAUUUUGUAAUAUUUAAUCUGUUUGAAAGUCUUGUAGAGGAGCUGAUCUGCCUAGAAAUAAAUAUUUUUCAGAUUUAA